UAAAAGUUGAGGGGGGGGCCCUAAGGUUUGGGGGGGGCCCAUGUUCACCUCGUGCCCCCCACCCCCAGGCCCCUGAUGAUUCCCCUGGGGGCCCUGGUGCCGGCGCGGUUCCUGAUACUGACGGCCCACCUGGUGGCCCUGGGCAUGGCUGCCGGGGCGAGGGACACCCACAGUCCGCGCCUCGCUGCCCAUCGAGUUCUCAGUGGAGGAGUACACGCGCGUGUCGACACCGAGCUGCUGUGCGCCCUGGGGUUGGCUGCGUUGCUGCUGGCCAUCGAGUUUGGGGGUUUCUUUAUGGGGGUGUCCAUGUUCCACCGCGGGCAGGGGCUGUUCUCGGUGGGGGCCCACGCAGCGGCCUCCAUCACCCUGGGCCUGGCCCUGAUGGACGGCUGGGACCUGGGGGGCUUCUGGCUGCUCCUGGGGCUCUGCAGGUGGGUGAAACAAGCCGGAAGGGGGGGCCCUAAGAUUGGGGAUCCCCCCCCAAAAAAAAAUAACCCCCCCUUUUCCCCAUUUUCUCCCCUUUCCAUCCAGUCCCGCCCACCGGUUGUGGGAGUUUCGUUUUAUCGGUACUGA